UAUUUUCUUAUCAUGUGUAACCAUUGCUGUAGGAGAACUUUUUUUCGGAAUCUGGCGAAAGUCAACACGUACGUGGAUGCCAUCCAUAAAAUUGACAUGCGGUGGCCCAACAUGCACCAACGUUACAUAGUUCUGCAACCUCUGACCCGGUUUGUGAUUGGACAGUGAGCGCGCGAAACAGACCCGGAAGUGAUCUCCAGCCUGGGUACCAUUUGUUACGACUGUCUAAAUUACAUAAACUAGACAAGACGAUGGCGACGUCAGGGGACGACACUGGGCGCUGCACGCCCCAGGGAGUGAGCUACAGCACCUUGCCUCACAUGGUGAACGCAGACGGACGGUACCUGUACUGUAAGACAUGGGAACCGACGUCAGGGGACAAACCAAGAGCUCUGCUAAUGAUAGCUCAUGGUUUGGAUGAACACAUUGGCUGGUAUGAUGACUUUGCACAAUUUCUGACUGGCCACAACUUCCUGGUCUUCUCCCACGACCACAUUGGCCAUGGCCAGAGUGAAGGAGAGAGGGCAGAUGUGAAGGACUUCAAUGUUCUGGUUCGAGACACCCUGCAACAUGUAGAUAUGAUUGUGGAAAAGUAUCCUGACACACCUGUUUAUAUUUUAGGGUAUUCUAUGGGAGGCCCUGUGUCCAUACUAGCGGCAUGUGAGCGCCCACAGCAGUUUGCAGGGGUCCUGCUUAUUGGUCCAGCCAUCAAGCCUCAUCCUGGGGAGGCUCCAGGAUGGAAGGUGUUCUUGUUAAAACUGGUUGUUCCUGUUGUCCCCUGGCUGUCACUCACCUCUGGUGACAGGGCAGAUCUGGUGGGGAAGGAUGAAGUGACGAAUCAGAAGAUACAAGACGACCCUCUCUGUUUCCAUGGCGGGCUCAAACUGCGAACUGCUGCACAGAUUCUUACAGGCAUGCAGAAGGUUCAGUCCAAGAUGGACGACAUUGAGUGGCCGUUUCUUGUGAUGUAUGGUGAAGACGAUGAGGUUGUGAAUAGUGAAGGGUCCAAGAUGCUGUAUGAGAAGGCAAGGAGUGCAGACAAGACGAUAAAGACCUAUCCGAACUGUCGCCAUGGUCUUCUGAAGGAGACAAAAGAAGAUGCAGACAAAGUGAAACAGGACAUCUUGGAAUGGCUGCUGGCCAGGACAGAACCAUCAUAGUGUAUGUAGGAUGCCAGAAGCCCUUGAGUCCAUGUAAUGUGAAUUUAGCAUCUCCCAUUUGAAGCAGUUCACUUUUCUUGAAGAUCAACAAAACUUGGAAAUGAACUACUUGAACAUAUCUGAAGCCCUUCACACUUUCAGACCUCCCCACGACUUUGCUGCCAACCAAGGUCCACCCUGGGUUGGAAGUAGCCUGGAAUCCAAGUUCAUUCCUCUGAUCGUAUCCAACCAGAAUGACUUACGAUUUCUGAUUUUUCAAAAUUUAGUUGGCAUGUGAGAUAAGUAGGCAACCUCACUGACCAACUCCAAUGUUACCCAACUACAGAUGACCUUGCUCACGACUUUCAACCAUGGUCUGGAGAAUGUCUGGAUGCCAUAGUCGGCUAUGUGUGACAUGGGCUCAAGAUAAAAUCACACAUCAGCAAACUGCUACAAGGCCUUGUUCUUGACUGUAAAUUUUGUACUUGAGAAUAUCAUCUCAACAAGACAAUGAUGAAGCUGCAGGGUUCUGUUUCUAUACUUUUAAAAUACAUUAAUGUAACAACAUAGCAGUGUUAUGCUGCAAUUAACAGGCUAAAGGAAUAAAAAAGACAGGCUAUCUAGUCUUCAUCUUUUUUAUUCCUAAAGCCUGUUAAUUGCAGCAUAACACUGCUAUAAAAAUCAUUUAAUAAAAAAAGACAGGCUAUCUAGUCUUCAUCUUUUUAUUUAUUACGUCUCAAAACAAGCUUGGUGACAUCUGGGAAAACACAAAGUGGUAGGAACAACUUCUACAUUUACAGAUUUGAGAUAUGCUUAUGUACAUGCCUCUGUAUACUGAUGAAAUAGACCACACCUACCUGUAGGUUACUGUGCUGUUUGCAUGCUUGUUUCUUUUUUCUUCUUAACAGUCAAAAUCUGCCCACAAGUCACGUGAUCCUCAAAAUUAUAGGUACACAUAGAUACAGGACUAAUAUAAUCAUAGUGUGGUCAUUUGCAUAUACAUAUCGGUAUAUAUUACAUCUUCAUUUAAGUUGCUGGACCCUUUGUAGUUGUCCUAUAAAUUCCCCUGCAGAGGUGUACACAAGAAAGGUUGUACAAGUUAUAUGGCACACUUUGUAACAGCAAAAAGGCAUACAGUGUAGCAUUCCCAACUUUUGUGAGUUAAGAAGCGAAGGCCUUUGACCUUUUCAACCUUAAAACAGAUGACCUUCCUUUCUAUGGAACAGAUUAUGGCCAAGGAUUCCGUGUACCCAAAAUCCUUUGGUUUGUUCCACCGACUUCUUGUUUAACCAGUGAGCUUUUUGCCAUCACAAGUUUGGGGAGCCAACUGUACUAGCCUUCCUUACAGAAAAAAUGACACGUCGAUAAGAACAAAACCAAACUAGGUCAGACUUUGAAUGCCAUGAAACAUCCUAUGUAUAUCUCUGAACAUCUACAGGCAAGCAGAGUAUUAUGCUGGUUGCAUACAAGCAUCUACAUAUACCUUGAACAUGCUAUUUAAUACCUGUGGCCUAAAAACAGAUUAACCUGUCUGAAAUACUUGAUUAUUAUUAUACUGACUCAUUAACUGUUCACACCUAGAGAAAAUACAUCAUUUUGAUGGGGUUUCAUCACAUUUCAUCCUGAGUUAAAUCAGUAGAUAUUUUUUUUCCAAUUUAUUUAUGACCUUCUAUUCUCAGAAGCAUGCACUCUAGAAAAGACAUGUAGAUGAAUUAAACAACUACAACCAUCUUUUCCUACAUCUAUAUUCACCAGGAAAUACAGGUAUGGCAGCUACCCUCUCAUCACACUAAAGCAUCAUGAUCAUCCAAAAUUCAUGUAAAAAUUUGCCGCAGUUGUUGAGAAUUCUCCAGUCAAUAUUUUCCAAUUCCUUCACUAGUUUCUGUAGCGUCAUGUAGACGCUGCAACAGUCAGUGUGGUGAAGUUCAAGUUUUGACCAUACUUGUAAUUAUGUAACACUGUUUGGUCAUGGCAUGUUUCCAUAUAAUCACAGCUACUCCAGAUAUCAUGAUCGUAACAGCAGUAAUAAGUACAUUUCUCUGCCAAGCACUAACAUCACGUCUAGUAUUGUCACCUCUGUUCUUAGUAAAACUUUACAAAGAGUCCCUGGAAAACAUACAUUUCUGUUUGGCCAGCUUUGCAAGAAUUCUGCUAAGGAGUUUCCAGUCAGUGUAAUGCAUCUUUGGGGAAUUGACCAUUACACAGUGUGUAAAAUGAACACCAGUUAUUAGAGCAUUACCAGUACGGCGCAGUCACAUUAGUCAUAGGUCUUCGUACGAUCUUGAUGCCGUAGAAUUUUCCAGCAGAUAAGGAUCUAAGACAGCCUUUUCUGUCAAAUGAAUUUUGUAUGAUACAUGCAAGACAACUCAAGAAUGGUCUUAGUUUGUGAUUAUACAACAAUCUGACACAAUCAUAAACAACAAAUGUGACAGGGCCCUAACACCCCCAGCUAACCAUACACCACAAUGUCAACAAUACAUGUAGGCAUGAGUUAGCAAGGAGAAAGUCAAGUUUUUCACAGUUAGGUAAGAUAAGUUUCUGUUGUUUUCCCCUACACACUGACCUACAUGUAUCAUACCAGAACACUUGGAACCUUCCAGCUGAAGCAUCCUUUUGGCACCAAAGCAGUAUUAGUUAUGGGGUUUAGGCAGCUGGUAGAAUGUUUUAUCACUUGACAAUAAUCCUAAAUCAAAUUUUCCAGGUAAUUAUAGAUUUGUACAUUUGCAUACUGUAUAAGCAGCAGUUACAAAAACUGGAAUUUUGGCCACAAAGUUUUUCAAUGCAAAAGGCCAUUCCUUUUGCCGGUAAUGGUACUAAAAGUCCAUAAAUGUCUCGAAAAUGACAGUAGAAGAAUGACUGCCACAAAGCUGAAUGUUUUCUAAUGCUCCCUAAUGAUAGUUUCAGCAUAUAUACGUUGUACAUUAAUCAGUAGAAAGCAACUAUUUCUGUUAGAAUCUGAAUACUUCCUCAGUAAAAUGCCAUAAAGCAUGGCACUCAAUGAAAGGGUGGAGAUAAAACAGCCUUUGUCCCCACUGCUAACUACACGUACAGUAGCUAACGUUUCCAUCCAUCAACGUUCCUAAAUCUGGGCACAUCUGACCACAUCCAUAAAAUCUGACAACUUGCCAGUAUAUCCUACGGUGAUGACUGCUGCUAGGUAAUCUUUGCAUCAUUUAUCAUGAAAAACAAAAGCUUAGAAUGCCUUUUAAGUAGAGGGAUACUUUAUCAAGUAUUAGUGCUUCAUUUCCCUUUAAUGUGAACAUAUCUAUAUGCCAAAAGAUGUCCAUAUAUAGUGAAUUUGUUAUGAAAAGUUUCAUUCAGAUGUAGCUUAACAAACUGAUCUUAUUUCAAUGCUGGUCAAAUGAAAUCUUGACAAGAUCCCUUGUGCAGACUUUUUUGUAUGCUUGCUAGCUAGUUUCAAUGUGUGCAGGACCUCAAGACUAAUUUGAUGCUAUCUGUAUUCAGCUUUAAUGGAAAGAAAAAAAUAAAUAAAUAAAGAUGCUGAGGAAAUUACAAUAUGGCUUGCAAUAGCACCUCACUCCACAUGUCAGACAAGCUCUAAUGCACAAGUUAAUAAUCAGAUAAUGGCUUGACAUAAACCCCA